AUGCAGUUCGCGUUACCUCCUCGGGGUGGCGCUCUUCCGCUACAUACAAGUAGCGGCCGUUCUCGACUCUCGUAUCAGCGCCGGAGACAGCUAAAGGUGGCCGCAAUAUUAGGUUUCGCAGUCAUUUCAUUAUUUUUUCUCUUCUCUUAUCUCCAUUCCUCGAGUAUAAUAUCGACCAUACCUGCAGGAACCUCAGGGAUCGUUAUUGUGACAGUUUUGGAUCGCGCGGCGUUGAGCGAGAAGUACAUCCACCGGAUUAAGAAGAACAGGGAAGACUAUGCCAAACAACACGGCUAUACGAAUUUCUUCGCGGAUGUCUCUGACUACGAAUCUACGCUUGACAAUGCCCCGCGAAGCUGGGCCAUGGUUCCUGCCCUUCGUCAUGCCAUGACGCUUUACCCCCAUUCAGCGUACUUCUACCACCUGGGUCCUCAUGCCUUGAUCAUGGACCAAUCCAAGUCACUGGAGUCGCAUCUCUUGGGUAAAAACCGCCUCGAGUCGUUAAUGCUCAAGAACGUCCCUGUCGUGCCGCCAAACAGCGUCGUCAAGACCCUCCCGCACCUCACUUCGAAGGAUAUAGAGCUUGUCUUCACAGUUGAUGACGCGGAUUUGAGCACUGGGAGCUUUGUGAUUCGACAAGGAGAGUUCGCGGAUUUCUUCCUCGAUGUCUGGUCCGAUCCAUUGUAUCGGAACUAUAACUUUGUAAAGGCAGAGACGCACGCCUUGGACCAUAUCGUUCAGUGGCACCCAACAAUCCUGGCUAGGUUGGCGUUGGUUCCCCAACGGAUUAUCAAUGCCUACAGCGAAGAUUCCCCUGAUGUCACUGCAGAUGGAAUCUAUAGGGAUGGGGACUUUGUCAUUCGAUUUCACGCAUGCGAAAGCGAUCCUUCACGAAGCUGUGAUAAAGAAAUGGAGCUGUACUAUGAUUUAUGGGAAAAGAAAGUAGACGGCGAUUAG